AACCCUCUGAGAUCCUCUACAAACACAGACAAGUAUUACUCGGCUGGCAUUCCUUCAGUUCUUUGUUAUAGUCCUGAACAACUUUGAGGGAUUUUGGGUCCGGAUUGUAGAAACAUGGCUGUGUUUUUGUUUAUCGUGUUGGUCAGUGCCGGAGUCUUGCUGGCCACAUCUGGGGCUCAGGAUGACUUUGGCAAACUUUCAGAUGACUACAAGAAAGGAGUCGAACUCGCUGUCCAAGAAAUCAACUCACAUCCUGGAGCCCAGAGCCAUUUUCUCUUCUUUAAAAGUCUGGAGAAGUCUGACAUUGAUGGUGGGUUUGGUGUGAAUUAUAUCUACCAUCACUUUCACGCUAAACCCACACGAUGUCCUAAAGGAACCUCAAAUCCUAAUCCAACUAAAUGUGCUUUCAGAAAUGAUAGACCUCUUAUAGACUGUGGGAUCUGCUAUAAGAUGUAUAAAGGAGAGAUGCAGACUGAACCGAAACCUUAUGUGCACUGCAUACAAAAAACAAAGCUCACACAGGACAUGGUUGCAGCGAGAAAAGACCACUGCAGAAACAUGAGUUACAGUAAUGGAUCUCCGUCUCUCCUAGCAUCGGAAAGAAAACAAUAGAGAGGAGACCAGAGGACAUAUAUGCCAUUUAACCACUUAUUAAAACCACGUUUAUGGUUGUCCAUUCUUUGUGAAACCUAAUAAUAAGUCUCUGUAAGACUGCAGAGUUAAAUAUGUGCUGUUUAUUAUGAUGACAUAUAAAAACAUUAUUAGUCUUUUAGUCUGAAUAGAUCCAGUUUUGUUGAAUAUGACUUGUGCUGUAUGUAGCAAUAGACUGAAUUACAUUAUAUUACAUGACCAUAUUACACCAGUGUCUGUCAUUUUAGUGAGUUUAUUGGAAGGCACUUUCUGAGUACAUCAUUUAGUGAUGUGUUUUAUUGUGUAAAUAUUUUGAAACGCAAGAAAUAAGACUGGAUGAUUAAAUAUAACUUUCUGUGCUUUUAUUCUGUCAUGUGCUGAAAUUAGUAUCAAAAUCAAGGACACGCCCCAACAGUCAGUGAAAUGUAUUUAGGCAUUUACAAGAUUCAUAACACAGUAUUAUCACAGUUAUUCAACACGAAUCUGAAUGACAUCUUAAACUCAUAUGUUUGAUAUAAGUCUCUCCCACCAAUGAAUCACAGAUGGACAUUACUGUUUUUAAGUGCACUUUGUUCAAAAUAAAUCUAUAUCAAAAUCA